AUGCAACCCAAUAGGAGUGACUGGAGCAGGCUACUUGAUGAUGCUCUAUGGGCUUACAGGACCACUUACCGAACACCUUGGAAGAUGUCUCCCUAUAGGGUGGUUUUUUGUAAGGCAUGCCACCAUCCGGUGGAGAUUGAGCACUAUGCUUAUUGGGAAGUGAAGAGUUGUAACAUGACAUUUGAUGAAGCGGGUAUGGAAAGAAAGCUCCAUUUGCAAGAACUUGAGGAGAUCCUCUUAAAAGUGUAUGAGAACUCCAAGAUUUACAAGGAGAAAGUGAAGAGUUUUCAUGAUUCUAGGAUUCUUAGGAAGGAGUUCCAUAUUGGCCAAAAAGUGCUCUUGUUUAACUCUCACCUCAAGCUUAUUACUAGUAAACUUAGAUCAAGAUGUGAUGAACCUUUUGUUAUUACUAAUGUUUUUUCCCAUGGUGCAGUUGAGAUUAAAAAUGAAGUUAUCGGCAAAGUCUUCAAAGUGAGUGAUCACUGA